GGAUCUAUUAAAUUUCGAAAAGAGUAUAAAAGGCUAUUAAUUUUAACUUUUUUAGUAAUUUUGUGUAUCAUCUUUGGUCAUACCAUAACUGUCCCUCAUUGUCACACGUUGUCAUAAAUUAUCCCACGGUAUUUACAUGUUGUUCUUUUGUUGUCCUGGGUUCUGGUAAAAGACUUCCUUUGUUUAUACCUUUAUACCGAGGUAACGAUGAUAUAUUUUGCAACGUUAAUCAGAGUAAGCGAUGGUCUUGCUCUUUCUGCCUCAACAGAUCUCGAUACAACAUUCGAAGUGAAGGAAAGUAAAAAACGUUUAAAGUUGCUAUCAAGAAAGGUCGGUCAACUGCCAGCACGAUGUACUACAAAAAUUGGCACAUAUUGUAUACAGUAAGAUCUUGUCUCUAAAUUAUCUUUUUAAAAUAAUAUCACAUUUUGAUUUGUAUUAUAUGACCCUUAUAUAAAUUGAAAAUUCUCGGGUUUUACCAGACUGAGAAAAAACGUUUUUCCUGCAUAUUUGAGCUAUUUAGUAUACCGUAUUUUACACAUUUAAUAAGAAAGCUGUGGAUUGAGAGAAUUAAAAAUACAACAUGUCACCUAAAUUGGUGAAAAGUUAGUAGUGUCGAAGUUUUCAGGAUAAAUCUCUCACAAUCUGCAGAUUUCUUGUUAUCGUCACCACCCACACUUGACAGGCACAGACCAUUCAAGAUUAUAUUACAUUAAUACCUAUGGCAGACAUUGAUUUCUAACAGGUUAAUUGGUCAAUUUAUUAGUGAUAGAUGACUGAUAUUAAAUCAGUAUCAGGCCGAUUUUUGCCUUAUCACUUAGACAAUUGGAAUCGGAGAAUUAUCUGUAUUUCCAAUUGUGUAAAACACAUUAGAUUAAAAAAAAUACAUUAUACAUUGCACAUUACAUUACAUUAUUAUUCAGCUCACUCCCCAUUGGGGCUUUUCAGUGACUGAUUACAUCAAGUAUUAUGCUUAUACUUAAUAUGUUACUAAUAGCUUAGCCUAUUUAUCUUUACAACAAUUUAUAUGAUUAAUUACUUUCCUAAACUGUGUUUUUUUAUCCUAGCCCACCCUGCCAACUUGCCCUAGCUGUGGGAGAAAACCGGAGCGCCCGGAGAAAACCCGCAACUUUCGGCAGAGCGUGGGCAAAUUCUUUUCACAUCUUUUCACAUGAUACAUGUUGUGUGUACAAACACUCGACAUGUGGAGCAAUUCAUGCAUGAAGCAUGCCAUUUAUAAAUGGUUCAAAUGAACUGUUGCAGUAACAUGUUAUGUUGGAAAUUAACAUAAUUGAAAAUUGAAAUGAAUGAUGUCACCUUCACUAGGUUAACUUUCACAUCUGAUUCAGUAAUUUCCAAUUGUGGCACAAUUAGUGAAUCAAAACCUUUCCAGAUGGGUAAUCAAAGAAAAUAGAAGAAAAAUGUUGUUUCCAGAGGGGUUAAAGUGUAAAAAUGCACUUCCAAAGGGAGUAAUUGAAGACUUUUCCAGUCAGUUGCACAGAUUUGCACUCCAGAGGGGUAAAAUUUUGAAGAAGAGAGGUCCUUAAGGGGCUGUUUGUAUGGAGCCAGACUGGUCCGGUUAACCGGCCGGGUGAUUUGUUUAAUAAAUCUCAUUAAAAAUCACAGCUUUGAUAAAGAUCCAAAAUUAUAUUUCAAAGUUGAAUUUAGCCUAGUUUGAUUCCAGUGACAGUAUUUAUAAACUAUUUCAUUCAAACAAUGUGGUCAAGAAAAAAAUUUUGUGACACUAUUCAUCCUGGCUAGGCUGGUUGGCCUGGCUCAUAUGAACAGCCCCUAAGGUAGGGGUUGUUCAAUUCUGCAGUCCAUUUUUUACAAACUAAGGUCUGUGAGGUAGAAAAUAGAUGAUGCUAACUGAGAUAGGAGAAUUGCACUCUCUGUGCACAAAAAUACAGGAAGUCCUAUUUAGCGAAGCUCGUGUUUCUCCCACUUAUUAGACCCUUAUUGACACCUCAAUAUGUUCAAUUGGGGCAAUGCCCUGUUUGGCCACCAGUUGCUUUGAAUAGUUACAUACUGUACUUAUUUGUAUUUAGUCUUAUAUAGAUACAUUUAUGUAAAAUUGUUUGAAUGCAACAAAGUUAUUAAAUUAUUAUUAAAUCAAAAAUCACCUGCCCAUUUUGCAGACCUGCCAACUUUCAUGGUUUUGUUGUGAGACUCAUGAUAUUUGAUGCUUUCUCACAGUCUCACAGCAAACUCUUUAAAUCUCAUGAGAUUUGAGGGAAUCUAGCAAUUAAGAGGCAGUCAAAGUGAUCAACUAGAGUUUUAAUUACAUGUAUUACCCACUAAGCUAUAUUGAAAUUAUGUGUCCCAAUUUGUAAUUUUACACUGACUAUAUAACACCAUAUUAUUAAUGAAAUUGUGGAAGGGAGAGUGUUGGAUGUUAAUACUAUAUACAGUAGUUGGUCAUACUUCGGACUAAUGCAAAAUCUUUCCUAAAAAGCUCAUAAAGUCAAGUUGUGCAGGAUAGUUAAUCUACAACUCUACAGAUAAGAAGAACAACAGAGAAAUAUAUGGACAAUUCCACAUGAAACCAGAGGCCAUACCAGUAAUGCAGAAACCUCGCCCUGUACCGUACCACCUACAAAAGCCACUGAAGGAAUGGUUUGCAACAAGGAGUGGAAGAGGACGUAUUUGAACAGGUCCCUGACGAUGAACCAGUGACGUGAUGCUCCCCACUGGUGAUACAACCCAAACCGAGAUUCGCAAAGACUCCCAAGGAGAAAUUGGGCCCACAUAUGAUCCGAGCAAGUGUCGACCUCCGAGUUCCCAACAAAUACAUGGAACGAAGCCGAGUAACCCAAACACCCAUUGUUGAAGAUUUCAUCCACAGAUUUCAUGACUGCAGCAUUUGGACCAAGAUGGACCUCCGUCAAGGUUACCAUCAACUUGCCCUCAAUCCAAGGUAACGAGCUGUCGCCACUUUUGCCACCCUAUGGGGGAACUACCGCCCGAAACGACUAGUAUUUGGAGCCAAAGCAUCACAAGAUUUAUUCAAUGAAACAAUGCAACGAAUCUUCGGAGACAUCCCCAGAUGCUUGAACCAGAGAGACGACCUUUUAAUUGGGGCACGGGACUGGUCCGAACACAGUGCCACCCUCGAAGCUAUUUUGCAGAGAGCAGACGACUAUGGAAUCACAUUAAACAAAACCAAGUGUGAGUUUGGCCAGCCAGAGUUGGCGUUCUAUGGCUAUCGGUUCAGUCAACAAGGACUAACACCCACAACUGAUAAAGUCAAGGCCAUCAAGGAAUGCACAGCACCAACAUCAAAGUCGACGGUACGAAGUUUCCUCGGUAUGACAGGUUACUUAGCGAAAUUCAUCCCCAGAUAUGCUUCCCUGACGCAACCACUGCGAGAAUUAACCCGCAACGAGACGAAAUUCCACUGGGGCCCGGAAGAAAAGGAUGCGUUCGAGAAAUUGAAGCAGAGUAUCUUCAAUGAUGACACCAUUGCAUUUUUCCACCCGGAACGUCCCACCAUGGUGAGAACGGAGGCAAGUUAUAAUGAAGAUCUCUCAGCGGGCCUAUUUCAACGCGCUGAGAGAGGAUGGCAAGCGGUCCACUUCAUCAGCCGUACUCUCACCGAUGUCGAACGGAGAUAUAGUCAGACCGAAAAAGAUGCGCUGUGUGUAAAAUGGGCGAAAGAUCGGUUCAGUAUCUACUUAAUGGGAGCUCCUAGAUUCACCAUCGUGACGGCGCAUAAACCAUUACUCCCCCUGUUUAACAAAGCCACCGCAAAGCUCCCACCACGUAUCGAGAAGUGGGUAAUGGACAUGCAAGAUGUCGAUUAUGAGAUGCGAUACGAGCCAGCCCUUGGACUUCCUCGCGUGACACCCCUUGCCCGAAACAGGAGAAGAUGAGACAAGAGUAUCACAGAGGCAGAACCAGCCAUCGUUUUAAGUAAAAUCAUAGCCGCAACAGCCCAAGACAACACUCUCCGAAAGCUUAGUCAGAUUAUACACAAAGGAAACUGGAUGGAGUACAGAAAAGAUCCAGACAUUUCACCUUUUAUGGCCAUCAAAGACGAGUUAUACGAAGCCAAAGGUCUGAUCCUUUACCGAAUGAAUCAAAUUGUCCUUCCUGAGAAACUGCAAAAGAAAAUGAUCAAAAUUGCCCAUGAGAUGGAACACCUCGGGAAACAAAAACCAAGCAGACGAUCCGAUCAAAGUACUGGUUCCCAACGGUGAACAUGAUGAUUGACCAACUCAUUGCAGGAUGCUUUGAAUGCCAGGUCGCUACCAAGCAGCACACAGAAGAACCGAUCAAGCCAACGGUUAUACCACAGAAACCUUGGGAGGAGAUCGCCAUGGACUUUGGGGGACCAUAUCCAGAUGACCACUACAACCUAGUGGCAAUAGACAAACGAACUCGUUACCCAGAAAUCGAAGUCACCUACUCAACCUUAUUUAAACCAACCCAAGCAAAACUAAAACUAAUGCUUGCGCACCAUGGAACCCCACAACGCGUAGAUUCAGACAACGGACCUCCUUUCUAUUCAGAGGAAUUUGCUCAGUUUGCCCAGCACGAAGGAUUUACGCAUCACCGUAUAACACCAGAACACCCAAGAGCCAACGGGGAGGCAGAAAGGUUCAUGCAGACUAUCAAUAAAACCGAACAUAUUGCACAUUUACAAGGAAAGCGUGCAGCAGAAAGAGAGUUAGCAGUACAAAAUAUGCUAAUAGCCUAUAGAGACACGUCACACCCAACUACAAGCGUCACACCCUACGAAGCCAUGCACGGUAGACCGAUACGUAUCCGUCUAGACCACGAGAAUGCGCGAAAGACCGAUCGUAGAGAGAAAGAUAAGGAAAUUGAUGAGCGGGACAAAGAGUACAAGAAACGAAUGACGCACCAGAAAAGAAAUGUAAAGAAACACAAAUUCGCAUUGAAGGACUAUGUGCUGCUGAAGCAGAAGAAAACUAAUAAGUGGACAACAGCAUUCGAGCCAGCUUUUUACACCAUCACAAAAAUUCAAGGAUCGUCAAUCACCAUCAGACGGAUUAAGGACGGAAGAGAACUGUGCCAUGACGCGAGUCAACUCAAACCAGCAAAUUCCCUAGUGGGAACGGAGGAAUAUCCAAUGCAGCCUGCUGACGAUGAAGAAGAGGAGGAAUCUACUUGGGAUCGUGAAACAGACGAAGAAACGGCAGAUGGUGAGGUCGAGCCAGCAGAAAACGGAGACCAGCAGAAAACGAAGGAAUCGAUCGACCAAGAAGAGAAAGACAACAACCGGCGCGACUGAGAGACUAUAUCCUUUCAUAAUGUAGAAAACAAGAAAAACGAAUAAACUUUUAAGUUAUCAGAACAAACGUAAUACAGUUAUCAGAGUAACUCUUAUAACAGGAGAUCUGAAAUAUCUUAAGAAAGGAAGAUGUUAUGUAAAUAGACAUUAGUCACCAGACUUCUCACGAACUGGACAGAAACCCAUGUGGGUUUUGGACAUAGUUGUGUUUGGAUGUUUUUCACUGGUGUUGUUCUAGUUAACUAGUUUACUUAAAGUUUAGAUUGUUGUAAUAAUAAAGCAUACAAACUUCUUAAAAUGUAUAACUUGGAAACUAAAACACUUGCAAUAAGAAGUGACUGAUAUUCUUUGUAAUGGUUUCAUGUAAGAAUUAAUAAAAGUAAGAUUCAGAUACCCCUAUUGGUUCCUUAAAACAAAUCUAGGAAGGAAAGCUAGUACCUUUUGUAGUUGUGUGUUGGAGUAUGUAAUAAAUGUAAAAAAUAAUCUUGAAGAUGAAAGAAUUUCAUAAAAAAAUAGACAGGUCUAAUAGUUGAUACAUUAGAGAUUUCACAUUUGAAAAUUUAAUCUAUUCUUUUAGUAAUUUUACAACAAUUUUAAUUUAACAAUUUUAAUGUCUGAAUAACAAUUUUUUCUUUUAAACAUUUUUAGUUUUAUAAGAACCGGUUCUCUUUGUACCAUGAUGAUAUGUAGCAGUCAAUAUCCAGAAAUUUUGGCGUUCAGUUUCUUAACAGAACUACAGAGGGAAUUCCUUCUUCAGUACAAAAAUGAAGAUAUUCAGAGAGCUAAACGACCAUACACAUUUGUAGAAUUUGGUAUGUUGUGUUGAAACUGCAGGCAUGCUGUGCAAAUAGCAACUUAAAUAAAUAGCAACUAAUAAAAAAAUUUUAUUUUUUUUUAUUGUUCAAACCUUUACAAACUUUUCAUUUCUUGUACAGAUAUGUUUAUUCAGAAAAUGAAGCAGAGAUAUUCAAAUACAAACAGCUUAACAAGCAGGAUUAAUGUCAGUGACAUCAGUGAAGAUCUGAAACAAAGUCCUCCGUAUGAGAUAAAAAGUUCUGAACUAAUGCAAUCUAAUGGAGCGCCAGAAACGAAAUACAAAAGCAGUGGUACUGUAUACUAUUUCACACAUAUAUUUUAUGGAGUAUAAUAUUCAAGUGGCUUACUGAGUAGUACAGUAACGUCAGAACAAGCACCUUUCAUCUCAGAAAUUGUCGGUUCCAUUCUCAGUAUGCCUAUGGACGGACUCAUGACCCUUAAUGGCCUUAUGUGAUUUAUGUGAAAAGAAUCAGUUAAUGCAUUACUCAAUGCUCUACCAAAAGUUAAUUCUGUUUCUCCGGGUACUCUGGUUUCCUUCCACAGGGAGUGUUGACAUGGGGUUGCGAUAAAUUAUAUACUAACCCUUCCAUCAUAGACAUAGCUGUGCUCCGUGGCCGUCGAGUCAUAGCAGCCAGAGGUGCCCUUAGUAAGCCUUCAACUUGAUCAGCUUGAGCUGUGCCUUUUGCAUAGUCAUAACUGAGCUCAGCUCCCAGGUACAAGAGUUACAAGUACUAGAUAAAACAUGAGCAGCCGAUCUGUAUCUGAUAUACGAAAAACGUUCAGUUCUACACCUAGGUACUAAUAGGUUGGAAUUAAUAGGUUGGAAAGGUAUGGGCUGAUCUGAGUCCUUCCUUAUUUCGACUUUUGUAAUGAUUUUAGGUAAGGUUCACAUGAUCGCUCCUCUCACGUGGCUUGGAUAUUUGACUGGAGCACUUUGUUGUGUUUGUGCGUUUUUAAAUAUUCUCAGAUUUAUCCCACUCUUUGGUUACUAUGGAGUCGAAACUGAGGUAG